AUGAUCAAUUUGAAAUAGAUUGAAUGGAUAGAUUGGGAAUGGAUUUAUGUAUUUACGAUUCUUUGGAUAUUUCUAUCAAUAAUUUGUAUUUUUCAAAUUAUCUUUUUGUUUGAUUUCAUCUAUAAAGCCACAUAAUUAUUAUAAUAAAGAGAUCCAAUUAGUAGAGAAUCAAUAAAUCAGUAGAGUAUAAUUAUUAAGCAAGUUUAGUUAUAGGAUCAUUAUGGAUUAAUUUAUUAAUCUUAUGUAUUUCAGGACUACCUACUUUUACUAUGGUUUGUUAUACAAUUAAGUUGUCAACAGGCAAAAACAGUUAUAAUUCUCUAUCAAUUACUUUAUCAGUAAUAUAUUCCCUUGUUUUUAUAGUCUAUACCUUAUAUUAUAGAAUUUCUUUAAGGUUAGAAUAUCAUUAUUAAUUAAAGUCUUUUUGUUUCUGAAAUAUAUCAAUAAAGAAUGAUAGAAAACAAUCUUGGAAUAAAUACUGAUAAUUUAUAAAGAUAUUAAUUGAAUUCUCCAAGUUCUAAACAUAAAAAUCGUUUGACAAAAAGUAAAGAAUAGAUAUUAACUCAACUCCCUUAAUAUUUGGUAUUUAUAAACAAUUAAUGUUAAGAUUAGAUUAUCAUAAACUUACUUUUUGCCAGCUAUCGAUAAUGAUAAUCAAUAAUUAAAACAAGGUUAAUAAAUAUAGUAAGAACAACAUAUAAAAAGAAAUAAAACUGAUCAAGACUAACCAAAAUUAAGUAAUCGUAAUUCUCUUACUGAAAUUAAUUCUGACAAAGAUACAUAAUGCUUUAAUUGUUAUUAAAGUGAAAGUUGUGCUGUUUAUAUGCCAUGUGGACAUGGUGGAUUAUGUAUAAAAUGUGCUACAGAAUGGUUCACUGAAAAAUAAGAGUGUUUAAUUUGUAGAAAAGUAAUUGCUUCGAUUAAUUUUAAUUUUAGCCUGUUGAAUCUGUUGUAAAAAUUUUAUAGUCUGAAUAAAAUAAAGUUUAGGUCAUUGAUGUAUUGGCUUUUUGA